CGGGUUUGGGUUUGGGUGGCGAGGGGGGAGGGAGAGAGGAGAGAGUGAGAGGAAGAUGGAGGAGAGGAAAAUGUGGAAAUGUGGAGGAAGGAGAAGGAGGUGAACACUCCGAGGAAUAACUAUGCGACAUGUCUUCUUCUUCUUCUUCUUCUUCUUCUACUACUGAUGCUACUGACCGAUGCUAACGCGGCGUCCACUUCCAAGUCUGAUUAACUCCACUACUUUUUCUUGUAUUUGUAUUUAUUUUGUUCGGACUAAUUGUUGGUAGUUCGUCCAUCCUCCCCCCUUCUCCAACUAGAAUUUGGAGCUGUAAUGCGGUGGUCGGCGAUCGGGACGCGACCUGAAUAUUUAUGAGCUCGCUCUCCGUGGCUAUCAUCCCCAUCCUUCUUCUUCUUCUCCUGCUUUGUUCCUCCCUUUAAACUUGAGACACUUUGCUUUUUUUUUAUUCACAUUUCGCUUACAAACUAGUUGCACAGAUGAAGCAGGACCCACAGGAUGGAGAGCUUAAGAGACAGCUACACGACAGGCAAACAAGAAUAACAACCAUAAGCGACAAACAAAACCAGACGUUGUGCAAAGGCCUCAAUGAGCUGCAGAACGGACAGAAGCUGGCGGUCCGGACCUGUCCUGUGGGGGGGGCCAAGCCUCUGUCUCUCAUCAAACCCCCCCCUCAGAGCAUCUCCAUCUCCGUGGUACCGGCCAAGGCCCCCGUCUCCAUGGUGACGGCUCACAUCAACGGACAGAAGGCGGAGCCACUGCAGACGUCCCCCAUCAACCUCCAGACAGUCCACCCCUUCACCAGGAGAGACCUGCCCCCCCCACAGAUGUUGGGAACUCUCACUGCUGUUCCCAUCAAGGUGCCUCAAGUCAGCUCCCUGCAUCGGCUGGCAGGACAAGCCGCCACUCUGCUACCUCAGGUCAGGCCAAAGACCCAGAUCCCCGACAGCCUUCCUCACGGGCCCUGCCAGGAGCUGCAGCCGCUGGGCCUGCAGAGGGCCACGGCCGUGGUGAGUCCUAAGAGCCAGGGCCCCACGCUGCCCACCGCCAACAGCACCUUCAGCCCGGACCAGCAGCCCAACGGCCAGAGCGACGCCCCCUCGGGCCCCCCGGACGCCGGCGGCCCCGCCCAGCACGCGUCCGCGGGGCCCGGCGUAGCGUACGCCAUCAUCGCCGCCUCCCCCGCCCCCGGCAACGGCGUGUCGACCGUCAGCGAAGCCGUCAAGGUGAUAAUAAUCCAGCCUCAGGCCCCCAGCAGCACUGACGGGUCCCCGGGGGCCACGGCCGACCUCCCACCACAGGAGGCGCCGCCCUCCCCCAAGUCCCCCAAGUCCCCCAAGUCCCCCAAGUCCCCGAAGAAAGACGAGGAUCCAGAGAAAAUCGCCUUCAUGGUGGCGCUCGGCCUCGUCACCACAGAGCACCUGGAAGAGAUCCAGACGAAGAGGCAGGAGAGGAAGAGGAGAAGCACAGCCAACCCGGCCUACAGCGGCCUGUUCGAACCCGAGCGUAAACGUCUGGCGUCACAUUACCUGAACAGUUCACUCUUCCUGUCAGCGCGAGACUCUGAGGAUUUCUGCUGGAAGGAGGACGUGGAGCAUGACGACCACUGUGCCAUCUGUAAGGAGGACGGAGAGCUGCAGCCCUGCCACAACUGCCCCCGGGCCUUCCACCCCAACUGCCUCCACCCGCCCCUCAAAACCCCCCCCAGAGGCCCCUGGUACUGCCCCAAGUGCCAGAAGAAGGUUCUGAACAAGGAGAACAUGUCGUGGCCUCAGAACUUCGUCCAGUCCUACGUUACACACAAGACGGUGAGGGAGGAGGAGAAGAGACGACUGCUGAGGAGAAACAACGAGCUGAAGAAGGAGUGUGGUCACCUGGAGGAGCAGGACGAGAAGCUCAACCAGACGCUCAAACAAUGUCUGGAGGUGAGGGAGCGCCUCCUGGGUCGCCAGAGAGACGCCACAGCUUCACUCGACCGCCUCAAGUCUCUCAUCAAGCUCAUCCAACGGGAGCAGCUCAUCCAGGUCACCAUGACGACCACCGCCACCAUCGCCGCCGCCUCCUCCCUGCUCCCCCCGCCCUGGACCAAACCCCCCCCCAGCAGCAGCAGCAGCAGCAGCAGCAGCAGCGCCGCCUCCGGCCCAGGCCCCUCCUCCACCACCACCACCACCCUGCAGACGAGCCACGCCCACAGCCAGGACGACGCCAACAACUAGCCCCGCCCACUCAGCCCCGCCCCCCAAACCGAGUUCUUAGGGCAGCCAUGAUCUUUUCCACCCAUCGAUCGGGACGAAGCGAGAGGCUCCACUCGAUUCAAGUAUUUUUUAAACCCAACACCUACAGUGCUUACGAGAUUUCUUUUUUUAAGUUCUUUUCUAUUUAUUCUUGGCCUUAAUGUAUUUAUUACAAGAAGUUAGCGGCGGCGUUAGCGGCGUUAGCGGCGUUAGCGGCGUUAGCGGCGUUAGCAGCGCUGCUCCACCAGAUGUUUCCCUUUUUUAAAGCCAGGUCUAAUUGUUGUGGUGCGUUGAGAGCGAGCGUAGGUAGAUGUACAGCGACGAUAUAUCGAGUAGAUGUUUGUUCUCAUUCUCCUGCGAACAAUGUUUUUUGCCAUAAGAAUUCAGGAAAUGUUUUUUCAUCGUGUAUGUGAACGCAUACGAGCCUUCAAACAAAAACAGAGAGUAACUUUUUUCAGUAUUAAUAGAGUUAAAGAAGAAGUCAAAGAAAAAAAGUAUUUAAGAUAAAAAAAAAGUACAGAAAUUAGCAUUUCUAGUGGAGAUUUUAGUAUUUUCAUGCUGAUGCCUGUUGAUAAAUGUUGGAGUAUUCGAGGGGUCACUGUACAUACGCUGUAUUAUUAUCUUCAUCAUCAUCAUCAUCAUCAUCAUCGCGGGUUUGUUCGGUUUUUAACUUUACGGAGUCACACCUCUGAAGCCGAGACGCCUCCUUUAAGUUUCUGUGAUGGAAACAAACACUAGUGGAGCAGGAAGAGUUUAGCCGUUAGCCGUGAAGCUAGUUUAGCCGGAGCCAAUCAGCUGUUUGUGGGCGGGGCUUCAGGUGGUUUUGCUUCCAUCACAGGACGUGUUUAAAGGAGCGUCCUUAGUUCCAGCUGCACUCGUCCUCUCUCCGUCCUUUCCCCCUUUAACCAGGACAAAUAUGCCAAAAACCUUCGUCUGUGUGUCUGUGCUGGGGGGUCGAGCCCCCCCCCCCCCCCGUCCCCGCCUCUUUUCUAUGUUUUUAAUCCGACACAUGAACACAUGAACACAUGAACACUGCCUCAAGUACAAACACGUCCAGGUUCUGCUCUUUGUUGCGUCUAAUUAUUAUUUUGUAUUUUUAGUUUUUAAAUGAAUCAGAAAUGGGACGACUCUGUCAAACUGCAACAACUCUGACUGUCGCUGGAGCCGGUCCAGACCCGGUCCUGGUUCUGGUCCGGCUCCUCGUGUCUCACUAGUCUUCCUGCUGGUCCAGAGAGGUUCCAUUUUAGUGUCGCGUAGGUUUUCUUUGACCUGUUGUCACCUGUCGGUCCAGGUGCAGGUUUCUGAUGCACAAACAUGAACAAACGGUCGGAAAGAAUAAAAAAGAAUAAACGCCUUUUAUCAGGAGCAGAAAGAAGCGUUCAGACUGAGAGGAGGUGGUUCUGGUUCUGGUUCUGGUUUAGUUUGAGUCAUAUCAGGUCACAUCCAGACGAGCAAUACGACAAAAACACUCGAUUUAAAGUCGGACCGGACGCGUUCAGGUUCAACGCUCGGCUGCUACAAACGCGUUGAAGAAAAAAGAAACAGAAUAAAACGUCCUGAUUCAUUCACUGUAGAGGAGGAGGCGUUCAGGGCGCGCAGGACAGACGGGCGCUGACUCGUCUGUAACAGAGGAGGGAGGCUGGUUCUUCACCAUCGAGACUAAACUCAAACAAACGUCACGAACAGAAACUUUUUAAAAAAACAUGAAGCUACGUAGCUAACGCCUGGAUGCUAACGUUCAUUUAAAUCCACCACAAUAAUAAUAAUGAUAAUAACAACAGACACAGAAAUAAUAAAUGUUCUUCUUCUAGAUAAUAAACUUUUAUACCAAAUGUUGAACAAGAAUAAGAGACGAUAUGAAACCGUUUAAACACGUCUUCAUUCAGAUUCCGGGGUUCGUUUGAGUUAAAUCAUUAAUUAGGAUCAUUUAAAUGUGACGGUACCAGAUGAAUCAUUGAUCAUGUUUAGUCUCGUUGGUUUGGCCCCGCCCCCUCCAUGCCCCGCCCCCUCCAUGCCCCGCCCCCCGGAUCAAACCCGUCUAUCACGUUUAAACAGACUUUGCCUUUUAAAACGAAUCCAGUCAUGAUCAGAUGAAGCUGAAUGUGCCAUGUGAUGCAUAUCGAGUUCAUAUCGCUGCCUCCAGAAAACAGAAGGAAAAUAACAGACCCCCCCUUUAAAUAAAUCCCCCCCUCCUCCCUCCUCCCUCCAUCUCUUCAUCCGUUUCUACAAAUCUUCUCCGGGAGAAACUGUGCAGUAAACAGAUCUAUUUUAAUACACGACACGACAUUUGAACAAAAAAGAAGAAACAUUUUUAUAUUCUUUUAUCAAGGAGCAAAAAAAUAAAGAAAUGAAUAAAAGAGGAGGAGGAGGAGGAGAACGUUGGGUUCUCCAUGGUUCCAGUUCUACAUCCUGACUCUAGCUUAACGUUGAUGUUCUUUUGCCACAAGGAGGCGCUGGUGUGAGUGGGACUGAAGUGUGUGUCCAGUGGGUAGUGCUGUAUAGGAACGUGUUUGUCUUAAAUAAAUAUGCCAACGUAGUUUCUUUUUCUUUACGAUGCAUUAAACCGACCGAGGUGAAGGAAGGAGGAAAGUAGUCUCACCCUUUUGUACCAAGUUCUUACAAAAAAUGAAUCAUUAAUAAACAAAGUUCAACAACUAA